AUGUCUGUAAUCAAAGAAUGCUGCCUUUUGGCCAUUUUCUUGGGGGCUUUAAAAUUUGGCCAAUCUGCACGAGUGCUACGAGAAAGAUUUAAUUGGCGUGUGUUAGACUUUGCUUAUCCAACAAUUGAAGAAAGACUGACUGCCAUCAGCAAUGGCCAAUUUAUCCCUGAAAAUGGUUUACCAGUAGGAAUCGAAACGUGGGGGGACAGGAUGUUUGUCACUGUGCCCAGAUGGCGUGAAGGUAUACCUGCCACUUUAAACAGCAUUUCCCUGCAUUCCAAUGACAAGUCGCCUCCAUUAGAACCAUACCCAGAUUGGCCAUCUAAUAAACAAGGAGACUGCUUGAGGGGCAUCACUACGGCUUACAGGAUUAAAGUUGAUGAAUGUAAUAGAUUAUGGGUCCUGGAUACUGGUACUGUCGGAAUCGGAAAUACCACUGUGAAUGUGUGCCCUUACGCCCUGAAUGUCUUCGACUUAAGAACAAAUAGACGCAUAAGACGUACUCCAUUCAGACCCGAAGAUACCAAUCCAGACACAUUUAUCGCCAACAUAGCCAUUGAUAUGGGUUCAUCCUGCGAUGAUACUUUCGCUUAUAUGAGCGACGAGUUAGGAUACGGUUUAAUAGUUUACUCUUGGGAAAAAGAUAAAACUUGGAGAUUUGAGCACAGUUUCUUUAUGCCCGAUCCUCUUAAAGGAGAUUUUAAUGUGGCUGGUUUGAAUUUCCAAUGGGGAGAAGAAGGAAUAUUUGGUAUAACCUUGUCACCAAUAAUGAGCGAUGGACUUAGAACAUUGUUCUUCAGUCCUCUGGCCAGUGAGAGGGAGUUUGCUGUGUCUACAAAGAUUUUGAGAGACGAAAAGAGGGUAGAAGAUAGUUAUCAUGAUUUUCAGGUUUUGGAGGAACGUGAAACUUUAGGUCAUGUUACAGCCAAAGUUAUGGACGACAGCGGCCUCAUGCUUUACAACCUUAUAGAUCGUAAUGGAAUUGGAUGCUGGCACUCAUCUUCGCCUUACCAAAAGCAAAAUCAUGCCCUUGUCGAUAAAGACGAUGUCGGAUUAGUCUUUCCUAGUGAUAUAAAAAUCGAUAAAGGAGGAAUUGCUUGGGUUUUAUCAGAUAGGAUGCCAGUUUUCCUCUUAUCCGAAUUGGAUUACCAUGAUAUUAAUUUCAGGAUCUUUUGGGCUCCAGUACAAGAAUUAGUAAAAGGAACGGUUUGCGAAAUCGAUAAUACCAGAAAUAAUAUAUUUUAUGAACCUAUUUUCUAUAAACCGAUAUAUAAUCCGCAGACGGUCUAUAAACCAGUUAUAAAUCAGGGAUCAACUCCUGCUGCAUACUGGUGGCAUAAUACUUUGUUUUACAAAUAG